AAGGAUGACAGAUCCUGGUCUCCACAUUUCUCCACAGAACCGGAAGAAGACGGACAACGGUGUCCUCCAAGCCGAAUGGAGGCCAUUCCAGAAACGUCACCACCCCCUCUCCGUUCAACCUUUGGAGAACAUGUCGAUGGAGGUUUGGCCAGUGGGACACAACCAGGACGCAAUCACAUGAUUAUGGAUCAACAUAAUGUUGGGCCGUCUUCCCCACCUUUGCCGUUUGUUGCUACAUGUUCCGUUCAACCCGCCUUACAUAGUACUGUUGGAGGAACUGGAGACGGUGAUGUCCCCGCACCCCCGCAAGCACCACCAUUGACUGCUCUUUCAAAGAGCUUUCAAUCAACGAGCAAGGACAUUCAGUUUGGAGACCAGAGUGCAAGUGACGAUGAGGACAUUUCGUUAGCGCAGCUGCGUCGUAAGAUGAAGGUGAGCACUACAGGACAUAUACUGUCCUCUACAACUGUGGAUGUUCCGUCUGAGCAUGCUGGCGAAGCAUCCAAUCAGAUACUCACGCACCUUGAAGAGACUGACGUAAGUUUGUUUGUUAACUGGUAUUUUAUAAUUUGCGGUGCUUAUAGUGUAGUAUUUGUUGGAUUAGUAUGAUCCACUAUUUUCUUACAUCAACUAUUUGUUGUAGUUCCCCCCAAACUCACAUUACCAUUUUCCUUUGUUUAAGGGAGACGGUGAUGACGUUGCAACUUGUUUGCCCGCGAUACCACGCAAGAGCACCCGCCUGCGAAAAAGGGCGAACAGAUAUACGCCACCCGUUGAUGGAGGGAAAAAAACUAAGCUCAAUAUUGCUGAAACAGAACAAACCGUCGAGAAAAUUGUUCAAAUGGACGCUGAGCUUCCGCAGGCGUCGACACAUGACCCGAUAGGAACACUUUUGUCAGGGUUUUCACCAUUUGUUGGCCUCAAUGCUUUUCGUGUUGCGGCGUUUCAGAAUGUAACUGCAACACAAUUGUAAGUCUCACAUCAUGUUCAAUAUACGAGAUUAUCAAUAGCCCAUAUUCAUCAGGAAUUAUUUCUCUUAUAGUGACUGCAACGGUGGGGAAGGUGCCACAAUAUCAAAUGUGGUGUUCAAGGAUGUUUUUCAUGGAACUCGCCCCCUUCACUUUGAGGUUUGUUCCCCCGCCUGAACGUAUCUCUAUCUUUGGUUAUAUGUUCCCAGACUGACAUACCUAUUUAUAACAGGCUGCUGACAUGGUUGUCAGCUUCAUCCGCCACCGCAACUUGGUAGAGGGCAGCCACCGGUUUGAAUUCUUGCCCUCUGUGUUCUUACGGUCACUUAUUCGGGAGUUCAGACAGGCCCAGAAUCCAGGUUGCAGUUCAGCUUUCAAUUUCACAACCGUCAGUGGUGUCUCCCUUCCGAGCAUUCGUAGGUGGUGUGUUGACAUCGAUGUUCUAUAUUGCCCUUUCCAAAUUGAUGGCCAGCAUUGGGUUGGUGUUUCCAUUGAUUUAAAGCAGUGGUGCAUACAUGUCCUUGACUGCA